CAUGGUUAAAAAAUAAAAAAACACACACAUAAGGUUACACUUAGCUUGCUCGUGAGUUUGACACCCAUGUAAUGAUGCUGUAGAACAGGAGUGUAUAUGUGUACAGGCCAGACUCCACUGAGAGAGAGAGUGAGGGAGUGACUGUGGGGAGCGCAGUGAGUCAGGCCGCCGAGCACUGCACAUCUAAUGGAGCUGUGCGGAUCCCCAUCCCACUCCAGUUUACUGACCGCAUUUAUCACCAUUCACAUGAUCUUCAGGGAUGGACGACGAUCUGGUGUGUGAAUAUGACUCCACCUGGGACACGGAGAGCGACGGCGACGAGCUGGAGAACACCGGCCGCAGCAAGAAAACACGGCCCGCUUUCUGGUCCAACUCCUCCUCAAGAAACCUCAGAGCGGCCAAGGACAUGCAGAACUACAGACACGGAUAUCCAAACAUCAAUGAAGAGGAAUGUCCAGAAGAAAGAAUGACGAAUUUAAAAUUCUAUCUCAAUGAAAUUAAAUCGUCGCCUGAUGAUGUGUCGAUUGAGACAUUUCACACCGAGUGGAGAACUGAUUACAAAAGACUGGAGAGAGUUCACUCCUACAUUCAGUGGUUGUUUCCUCUGCGAGAGCCAGGAGUGAACUACAUGGCUGCAGAGCUCACCAAGAAGGAAAUCCAAGCCUUCAGGGAGAGCGAUGAAGCUAAGAGUCGUCUUCUGGAUUCCUACGAGCUCAUGCUGGGUUUCUACGGCAUGCAGCUGCUGAACAGAGAAACCGGGGAGGUGAAGCGCGCCGAGAACUGGAGGGAGAGAUUCGCCAAUCUAGAGAGAAACAUGCACAAUAAUCUCCGAAUCACAAGGAUACUCAAGAGCCUGGGAGAGCUGGGUUUUGAGCAUUUCCAAGCCCCUCUGGUGCGCUUCUUCCUGGAGGAGACCCUCGUCAGAAAGACCCUCAGCAGCAUUAAACGCAGCGUGCUCGACUACUUCCUGUUUGCCGUGCGGGACAAGCGUGAGCGCAGGAAGCUGGUGCGCUUCGCCUUCCAGCACUUUGAGCCCAAAGACAAGUUUGUGUGGUGCCCCAGAAAAAUCCAGAAACGCUUCAAGAAGAAGUCUGAGAAGCAGCAGAACUCUUCAGCUGGCAGCGGAGAGAGCGCAGCGCAGGACGAAGGCCAUUCACCAUACAAAAAUAAAGACGGAGAAGCCGCAAGUGAACCAAAACAUAGCAAGCCUAUCGCUGAUCUCACAGAUGCAAAGAAGCAAGUCGACAGUGACUCCGUAAUGAGAGUUGACUCUGAGAAACACUCUGAGGGCUCUUCAGAAGAUCAGGAGCCCAAUCCAGACGCUGUUCUCAGUAAUGGCUCCAGUGUUAACAACGGAGAGACUGUCAGCGAUGAGCCGAGCUGUGCUGAAGGCCAACAGGUCACCCAGAAGCCUGAGCAAGCGGCGGAGGCUUCGGAUGCUGGUUGUGAGCGUGUAGCCGGUUCUAGCGCAGGAUCAGCAGACUGUGACGACUCUCGGGACGUGACGGACCAUCUGCUCUGUGCUGCUGACUCCCAGGAGGAGCAUGAAGAAACUGCCUCAGGUACGAGUGAGGACAGGACAGUGACUGACAGCCCUAAACGCAAUGCACCAACACAGUCUGAGAAGAUUCCCAGGCCUGGCUUGAUGAUGACGAGCGUCCAAUCAGAGAGCCAUGAGAAGAACGCAACGAACUGCAACCAGUCGAAUGGAUCGGAGAAGGAAGAGCCGAUGGACAUUGUGGACACGAGUUCAUGAAUGACUCCUGAACACGAUAAAGAACUGAAAAUCGACAAUGUAUUUACUUACAAGAUGAGAUUGUACAAGACUGAGCUGUUUUUUAAAGAAGGGGUUCAUUCAAGCACGUUUUCUGUGUGGUGGUUCGGUUAUGAUGAGGCCAAGUGUACACCUGUCUUGUUAUAGCUGUUUUUUUCUAGUUUGAAUGUUUAUUUGUCCAUACUUUCAUACUUGCAGUUUUUCCAAGCUUUUUUCUUUUUCUUAAACUGAAACUGUGAAAGAGGAAUGUGCAUUCAACUAAUAAAAAGCAACUAUUGAUGAGAAUAUUUAAAUAGUAAAAACAUAAGAGUUAGGAUUCAGCAGAUAUACUGUAUUUUUGCUGAUGCAAAACUCUUUCGUGUUUUUAAUGAUAUCCCUGAAUUCAAAUGAAGGAGCUUGUCUUUUACUAAGCUAAUUAAAAUUUCUGAGUUCAAAAAUGUUCAUUUUACAUCUGCAGUCAUAAACUAUAGAAGCAUUAAUAAGCCCCAUGAUCAGACGUUGUAUAAAUCGAUCCCUUAGUGAUUCUUUGAAUGUGCAGCAAUGCAGUAACUCCAAAUUUAUAAUUAAAACUCUUCCCACAGUACCAUAAAUUAACACUUCAUGAAGCAUUCUAGAAUAAAUAUUUAAAAAAAACAUGAUUUAA